AUGGUAUUCCCCUACAAGCAUGUCCUCCUCGUCGGUGCCACUGCUGGCAUCGGCCGGGCGAUGGCCGACCGGUUCGUCGAAACUGGAGUCAAAGUUACUGCUGUUGGACGUCGACAAGAGCGCUUAGACGAAUUUGUGAGCAAGUACGGUGUACAAACCGCCAGCGCGGUGGCGUUCGAUAUUUCGGAAACCGCAAAGAUUCCAGCCUUUGUCAACAGUGUAAUGGAAUCAUAUCCCAGUAUCGACUGUGUCUUUCUAAAUGCAGGUACCCAGAGUGCCUUCGACCUGAGCGAUCCCGCACGCUUCGACCUUGAAACUUUUAACAACGAGGUCCAUAUCAACUUUACCAGCCUGGUUGCUCUUGUUCAUGCAUUUACUCCCGUUUUCACGAAGAGGACAUCGCCUGCUAGCUUCAUCUUCACCGGCUCGAACAUUGCCAUCGUCCCGGCAGCGACUCUCCCAGCGUACUGCGCUUCCAAGGCAGCUCUCAACGUAUUCACCCUCUGUCUCCGCGAAAACUUGCAAAACACCAACGUCAAAGUGAUUGAGAUCUCGCCACCACCAGUUCAAACUGAGCUCCAUGACUAUAUGGGCGAGGAGACGGGCCGGUCACUAGGCAUGCCCCUGGAAGAAUUCACUGACCAGGCAUUCUCAGGUUUGGCUGUGGGGAAAGAUCAAGUCAUUAUUGGAUCAGUUGGACCUGUGGAGACUUUCAACGAGAUUGUUGAUAAGCGGCGGGAGGCUUUUUCGAACUUAGCGAAGCUUAUGCGCUCGUCUCACUAA